AUGUGGCAGAAAAAUGUCUUGAACGUCAUUUGUGUCUUUUAUCAGAAGAAAGAACUUCAAGCUUUCACCUAUAAUCCUUUUGAUCCAGCAAAUUAUUUUAUCGCUCUCAAUCCUCGUGAGUUUCAAGAUUUAUUUUAUCGAAACUUGGGCAAUUUGCAUAAACAUCCGAUUUAUGUCUCAAUGUAUGUCGAUGGUGUCCGAUCCUUUGGAAAGGACGAACAUGGUUUUGAUGGUGUCGACGGGAAUGUUGCUGAGUUGCUUGAAGAAAAACUGAAUGCGACUUUUAUCUAUGUGGAUGACGAAACAAAUUCCUUUAGAUUGUUUUUAGGAUCUUCGUCAAAUGAUGAUGUCAUGCCCGCCAAAGCUAAUAUUUCGAUGAAUUCUCGUUGGUUAUACAAUCAGGAUAUGAUCGAAAAUACCAACAGCUACGAGCAGAACAACUUAUGUGUGAUUGUUCCAAAAGCGACUCAAAUUCCGUCCUUUUACAAUCUCUUCUAUACGAUGGAGGCAUGGACUUGGGUAGCAGCGAUCGUUUUUACCUUCACCAUUACUACUAUUUAUUUCGUCGUUCAGGUGUCGAAUAAGCGAUUUGUUGAUCGUGGCAAAGGAGAAUUGGAAUUGUCUGUCAUCGAUAUCUUUUUCUACAUGCUUCAGUCGUUCUUUGGCGACAGUUUGACACGUUUGCCGCGUUCUAUAUCGCUUCGCUUGGUUAUCAUCACGUGGAUUUUCUACGCCAUGAUUAUCACAACUGCUUUCACGGGUACGCUAAUCAGUAAAAUCGCAGUUCCUUUGUACGAGAACGACAUGGAGACCAUAGAGGAGCUGGCAAAUUCCGAAAUGGAUAUUUUGAUCUUGGAUUAUGUUUAUCAAAAUCGUGACAUAUGGGACUUGGAGUUGCUUGAGAGACUCAAACCUCAGAUGCGCGCCAAAAAUAAAACGGAAUAUGAUAGACAUUUGAUACGAAAUACAACGGGACUUGCAUACGCUUUGAGUGACAGUCGUGCGGAUUUUGAAAUAGCUCGUAGGGGCGAUAACAAAAAUGGACGUCCAUUCUUUCAUAAACUUCGUGAAUGCUUGAUUUAUUUCCCACGAGGAUACAUUGCGACAAUUGGUUCUCCGUACAUCGGUAUGAUUAACGACCUUUUGGGAAGAUUUUUCGAAGCUGGUUUCAAUCAGUACUGGGAAGAUAUGGCCCAAUUCAAAGCUCGUAUCAAAGGUAUCAUCUUGGAUACGGAAGAGGAGGAAGAAGCCGAGGAAGAGGAAGAAGAGGAAAAAGAAGUACGAGUCAUUCUCAGUGUUCAACAUUUAGAGAGCGCCUUUUAUCUCUUAGGCAUCGGAUUAGCAAUAAGUACGGGCAUUUUCAUAGCUGAACACAUAACCUACCGAUAUCAAGAGAAACAAAAGAACAAAGUCGUCUAUCUCAAUCGAAAACUCGCCAUUCGAAGAGAACACUUGGAUCACUUGCGACCAAAGCAACAAUAA